GAUCGAGCGACAACAAUACGCGUAUUUACACCAAAUAAUGCAGCUGCGAAGAACGAUAAAUAAGUGUGAAAGGAAAUGAAACAAAUUUGACGCACGCGACACUAUCAAACUUCUUUAAUUGAUUGGCUAUAUGGUAAAGUGUAUUUUCCGCGACUCCAUCACGUUUUAGAGGUUACACUUUAUACGACGCAGUCAUCUACAUCUCGCGAUCGAGGUCGUUACUCGCAUAUUCACAAGUGACCAUCGAAAAAAGUACCUUACUUUUUCUUUUUUUACGACAUUGUUUCACUUUGACGUUCGGUUGAGUGGAUAACCUCUUUUUCUUGCACGCCAAACCUUUUCUUUUGUUUACGUUUUGUGCAACAGUAGUGUGAGAAAUAAUUGUCAGAGGGUGUUUCCCUUCACUUUUCAUCAAGUGGGCUUAAGUUUGUUAGCUGAAAAAACAAAUUUUUAAGGGCAAAAUGAAAAAGAAGGUACUAUUGAUGGGCAAAAGUGGCUCGGGAAAGACAAGUAUGCGAAGUAUUAUCUUUGCCAAUUAUAUUGCAAGAGAUACUCGUCGUUUAGGAGCAACAAUUGACGUUGAGCACAGUCAUGUUCGCUUCCUUGGAAAUUUGGUCCUCAAUCUCUGGGACUGCGGUGGACAAGAAGCCUUCAUGGAAAAUUAUUUUGCAUCACAGCGGGACAAUAUUUUUAGAAAUGUAGAAGUGCUCAUUUAUGUAUUUGACGUUGAAUCUCGUGAACUUGACAAAGACAUGCAUUAUUACCAAAGCUGCUUGGAGGCUAUUUUACAAAACAGUCCAGAUGCAAAAGUAUUCUGUCUCAUCCACAAAAUGGAUUUAGUGCAAGAAGAUCAAAGGGACUCCAUUUUCAGGGAACGAGAAGAGGAUUUGAGAAGACUAAGCAAACCAUUACAAUGCACCUGCUUCAGGACAAGUAUAUGGGAUGAAACUUUGUACAGAGCAUGGUCUUCUAUAGUUUACAUGUUAAUUCCCAAUGUUAAAGAGCUCGAGCAGAGUUUAAAUCAAUUUGCCAAUAUUAUUGAUGCUGAUGAAGUUCUCCUCUUUGAGCGUGCCACAUUCCUUGUUAUAAGUCAUUGUCAGAGAAGGUACCAUAGAGAUGUUCAUCGUUUUGAGAAAGUUUCUAACAUAAUCAAGCAGUUCAAGCUGAGUUGCAGUAAAUUAGCAGCUCAAUUCUCUAGUAUGGAAGUAAGAAACACAAAUUUCGCGGCUUUUAUUGACGUUUUUACAUCGAACACGUAUGUUAUGGUUGUUGUAUCUGACCCUACCAUACCAUCUGCAGCGACGCUGAUCAACAUCCGUAAUGCCCGCAAGCACUUUGAGAAGCUGGAAAGAGCGAGUCAGAAUUCGUCUUUAAGUAGAUAGAAGUCAAUGCCGCCAAGUAGGCGAACAUCAACCAGUCGCGGUCAUUUUAUCACGCGAGAUUGAACUGUGGGAUCGUCGGUACAUAUAUGACCGUACAUCGAUGGACAAGAAAACGAGAUACAUACUCGUUUUCUCUCCUUUUUACCUCCGUUGUUUUUAUCAAGGACACACUGUAACGUGUUUCAAUAACUGCGAGAUAAGAUUUUAAUUGCCUUCUGUAUGUUGUAUUGGAACUUAAAAAAGUGUAUAUGUUAAUUUAAUUAUCAUGAGUGUACAUACAUACAUGAAUACGCUGAUCUUUGAAGAUUUUUACAUAUUAUAAUGGAAUUAUUUGAAAUAUACUGAACCGAA